AUGUCGGCGAUGUCCAGCUGUAAGGAAACAUCCGACGCCCCAUUCAAGAAUAUGGUACAGCGGAUGUGGAAAACCAGAGAGUUUUCCGACCUUACAAUCAUGGCCGAAGACCGCGAAUUCAGUGUACACAAAAAUAUUGUCUGCCCAGCUUCUCCCUCCUUCAAGGCAGUCUGCUCCGAGGAUCUCAACGUAAGGACAUGCCUUCUACUGCGAGCGAUUGAAGUUGACCCACAACAGGAUAUACCGACAAACAGUAUCGGCGUUUCGGAGCCCGCCUCUGUGAUAGAGGAGCUGCUGCAAAACAUUUACGGACACAGUCCAGAUAUACCGAAGUUGCUGGAAGAUCCCAUUGCUGCCUACCAGAUCACGGGCAUAGCUGGUCAGAUCUAUGAAGCUAUAAUAGCCAUGGCAUGCGAGGAACGCGAAUAUCCUCAUGCACCUCGACUCUUCGUCGCCAUCGGGCAGAUUAUCUUUGAAUACCGCAAGAUAGUAAAUACUGCGAUACUGGAAUGCUAUGUCGAAGUUACCUAUGAUUUGUUCAGGUAUAUCCUCGCUGAUGAUGUCGCGUGGGGACUUCUUAUUUUAUCGCCGGACUAUUACGAGGAGGUGAUACGCAAGGCGUACGAAGAGUAUCUCGAGCUCGAAGGCGAGCAUGCUCCCUCAUACAAUGAGAUGGGAGAGAUCCGUAGUGCAAAGCACAGCAUUUCGGGGCAGUAA